GCGUAAUAUAGUUGAGACACGUAAGGGGGUACUUGGCAUUGUUGUGAUUUGUGGGUCCCCCUAUAAUAAUAUAUAUAACCUUUGCUCGGAUCUUCAAGCGGGUUGCAGCAGGUCCCCGGCAGUGGAAGCUGAAACCCGUGCCGAUAUGGAGGAUUUUUCACAGGCCUCAACGCAACAGACUGAGUCUCCCAGUGGCAACACUGAGGCCAGCAGUCGGAGAAAUGGCGAGGAGCAGAAACCUCGGCGCUCCAGCUGGACGAAAGGGAGAAAGAGGAAGAAGCCCAUCAAGGACAGGAAUGCUCCCAAAGCCCCCUUGACAGGCUAUGUGCGUUUCAUGAACGAGCGGCGGGAACAGCUACGCGCCGAACGUCCUGAUGUUCCCUUUCCUGAGAUCACCAGGAUGCUUGGCAAUGAGUGGAGCAAGCUGCCCCCUGAAGAGAAGCAGCGCUAUCUGGAUGAGGCCGAAAGGGAUAAGGAGCGAUACAUGAGGGAGCUGGAGCAGUACCAGAAGACAGAGGCAUAUAAACACUUCAACAGAAAGGUUCAGGAGAAGCAGAAGGGCAAGCAGCACAGAGCAGCAGAUCUGGGACGUCAGGGAGCUAAUGAAUCUCUUCUUGAGAAAGAUGCUGAAGGAAAGGAGAGGUCUGUGUUUGACAUUCCCAUAUUUACUGAAGAAUUCCUCAACCACAGCAAAGCACGAGAGGCUGAGCUGCGGCAGCUGCGGAAAACCAACAUGGAGUAUGAGGAGCGCAAUGCAGCGCUGCAGAAGCACGUGGAGAGCAUGCGGGGAGCAGUGGAGCGACUGGAGGGCGAUGUGAUGCAAGAGCGCAAUCGAAAUACCAUGCUGCAGCAGCACCUGGAGGCUCUGCGCCAGGCCCUGACCAGCAGCUUCUCCAGUCUGCCUCUUCCUGGCAGUGGGGAGACACCCACAAUGGACACCAUUGAUUCAUACAUGAACAAGCUACACAGCAUCAUCCUAGCAAACCCCCAGGAGCACGAGAACCUCAUCAACAGUGUGAGAGAGGUGGUCAGCCACCUUGACAGGUGAUUUUCACAGCUCCUGCCAUGGUUUUAAAGGGGAUGGGAUCUAGGCCUUUGUCCCAGCAUGCAAAGCUGUGUUACACUUCCUGUCGCUUCAGUGGUUUCACGCCUGUUUUGAUAUUUUUCUUUAGCUUGUGUGCUUUAUGUAACCGUUUAUAUGGAGGUCAAGAGGCCCUACAUUUUUAAGAAGUCUUUUAUUCUUGUGUGUGAGGUGAAGCUCUUUGCCUUUUAGAGUAUUUAUUUUGUACAUUAUUUUUUUUACUUACUUUUAAUUGGAGGUUUCAGCACAAUACUCUGAUGUAAGGAAAAUGUUAAAAAUAACAUUUAAUAUUCAGUUGUAGAAAAAUACAGUAGUUCGUCAAAUUCCAGCCUCACCCAUAUUAAAAAAGCAGCUGUGAUUCUGAGUGUAUGACAAGUCCAGAUUGAAUGCCAAAAUAAUACUAGUGAAAUGAUCAAGUAAGAUCAGUUGCUCAAGUUGUAAAUGUUUUGCUUUUUGGAAAUAUUGAAAUAUUUGUGUUCCCUUUGAAGGCUUUAAAAUUAUUUUCUUAACUUUAGUUUUUUAUUAUUUUUAUACAGACUGGUAAAUGCCACACAUGCAAUUUAGUUCAAAAGAAGAUAUGAAUGAUUUUCAUUUUUUAAAGUUCAACAAGAAAGAAAACAUUUAUUGGCUUAUGUGGCUCUCAGCAGUUCUACUGAACUCACAUGAGGUGAAUUUUGUUGUCAGUUUUUCUCAUUUUUGAGCUUCAUGGAGCUUUUAUUUUAAUGUUACAAAACCUUGUGUUGCUCUUAUUUGGUAAAAUCUUUUUGCAGAGGUCAUACAGGUUUUAUAGAUUAGCUUUAAACCUGAUGUCCUGAAAGAUUAUUUGUGGAAUGUAAUUUAGCUGUUAACACAAGGCCUUUUUUUACAUGCAUGUUAAAAUAAUAAGGUCUCGAUUUUGACCUACUGCCACAAAUUAAUAAUCGAACCAGCACUAAACUUUUUCAUUAUUAUACAGAUUAUUUCCAAUCUGUAUUUUGUUCUAUACAAAGUGGCAUAAAACAUCAUGGACGUACUGGAUUUUGAAAACUAUAUAUGGGCUCAUUACAUUUUGAAAAUUGUAGGUUUUGUCACUUUUGUCAACCAUUAAAUGUAGAUGUGAAGAGCCAGGUCAGAUAUUUUUUUCUUUUUACCAAUAUGUCCCCUCUCAGUUGCUUUAAAAAGAAGUAUGUUUAUAAGUUGUGUGCUGCACUUUGAGAUCUAAAUUGACACCAGCUUUAGAUCUAUAGUGCUGUUCUUUAUGAGCAAUACUGGUUUCAGAAUUCAUCUGCUUGAUAAAUCCGGUGAUUAUAUUUUUAGUUGUUGAGGAUGGUCCACUUAAACUAAAAUGUAUCAAGAAGUUCCUCAUUGAAAAAAAAAGUUACCUUCAUAGUGUUUUAGUCUUAGUGAUAAACCAAUAUAGUGGACGGGUGCAUUGAAUUUUAUUAAUCAUUUUGAUUUUUGAACACCUGCAAGCAGUAGAUUGCUAAUGUGGUGUGCAGAACUGACCCUGUUUUCAAUGGAUGAUGGCAGACAUGUGAUUGGCUGCCUUGCAAAAGGCAAACUGCAGUCCUUCAACCGGUUUAACUCUAUAAAAAAAAUAGACCACAUCUGUGGGAUGAAACACAGAUAAUUUCCAGCAUGUUAACUAAAUUGUAAUUGAAUUACACUCACACCAAGUGGAAGAAUCAUUUUUUGCUUUGGAUCAUUUCACUUAUGUUUCAUUGAGCAGAUUGGUACAAAACAGACCUGUGGGCAUCUAUUUUUGUAGCUUGUGUGUGAGUAAAUCGGCUGCUUCUUUUUGUAGUCUUUUGAAUGUUUGUCAGAGAGUGAUUACACAGCUUUUUUUUCCCAUCAAGAGAGCAGUUUAAUUCAACCAGCUGACUUGCUCUUAAAUGUUUGCACUGCUAUGAGAGAAAACUGAUCAUAAACAUGUUGCUUGUAUGAACUUGUCUGCCUUCUUCAGUGAACACUGUUCAGUCUGGCCUUUCUCAGAAAAGUGCAAAUUUCUUUCUUUCUGAACUGUGUAGUCCUUGCUCUGGAACAAAAUGUUGAAGUUGCAUGUUCUCUAAUAUAAAAGAAGAAUGUGGUUCAUUAUUGUAAGUACUUGUGAAUCCCUAGACACUUAAAAAUAUAUAAAUGUGUUCUCAUUUGAAGAAACUAAGGACUUCUAAUCUUCCUUAUCCACUCUGAGUACCGAUCUCAGAGCACCUCCAUCACACUGAAGGUUGCGGAGGACAUACCAGCAGCUGUAAAUUAAUCUUCAUGGUUACAUUGUUGAGAUUAAUUAUGAAAGAACACAGGGUUUGGAAUUUAUUAACCAAAUUACAGAGCACUCAUGCUGAAAUCAGUGUGAGACUGAAAAAGAAACAAGUCAUAAUGAAACAUUUUGCUUCCAUAUGGUCCCUAGAGUACUUUGCCCUGAACUCUGUUUAUGUAACUGUUUAUUAUAACUUACAUUUUUUGUAUUGACAGUGAAAUUAUUAAAGCUUCUUUGAUGUUGAUAUAA